GUAUCAUUGUUUAUGGAUUAAUAUAAUAUGGCGGCUGUCGUAGCAACAGCCGAUAUGACGAUUCAAAAGAAUUCUCAGAUUUUAGUAAAUGUCGAAGAAGCUCUAGCUGAUUUAAUAGUUGUAUCGUAUUGUACUGAAGAUAAAAAAUUCCAAGGUGUGCUCCUGGACUCCAACAAAGGUAAUUUACCAUAUGGUGUCUAUAGCCUCAAUCCAGCAUUCAGCAAACAGGUUGAAUCCACAAAUGAGAGCGAUAAAUUGCAUUCCGUUAGCCAAAGGUUCACCUACCAAGAUCCUCAAUAUGAAGGCGAAAACUCGCAAAAAUCAAAGAAGCCUGCUACGAAUCGUAAACAGCAACAAAAGAUGACCGUAAGAUUACGACCACGAAAGGUCCUAUGUUCUAAUUGCCAAGGGAUUUGUAAUGAGAAUAAUGAAAAUGUAGACGUGUCUAAAAAACGAAAGAUAGAAUCUGAUGACGAUACAUCACACUUCUCUGACUCAUCAAGGACAGAAAAGAAAUAUUUGAUGGGCAGCAUGCUUAUACCCAAGCUGUCUAGGCUGCAGCCUAGUGAAAUCACAAGUGCAGUAAAGGGUGCAGCGAAAAGUUCCAGUAAGGCUAGUGACAAAUCAAUUAAAACUAAAAAAUCUAACACAGAGACUGUAACACAAGAAAUGGCGUUUGUCAGUGUUUCUGAAGAUAUGGAAGGUGACAAGGAUGAUGUGAAAGAUGAAAAUGACAUCUCUUUUAGUUCUAUGUUUUCUAGUGCAAAAACUCUAAAAAUAUGUUUUGGGGAAGGUGAAGGAACAGUAGUUAAGAUACCACCACUUACAGGAGAUUUUAAUGAAGACUCUGGUGUGUCAUGUGAUAUGGGAAAGCCAACGAAACCUGACUCAAAAGCUGCAAAAAAGGCUUUGAAGAAAGCCAAAAAGCAGGCAAAAAAGAGUAACUCUGUAGAAAGUCAAAGUGUGCAAUCACCAAAACACAUUGGUGCAUUAUCACCACAUAACAAUGCAUCAAGUCCAACACUGGACCCUUUAGAAAAGAAACACAAACAUAAAGUAAAGCAUAAAAAGAAGUACAAGAAUCAGAAGAAGCGUGAUGAAAACACAAGUAAAUGUGGAGAGAGUGAAUCAGUGGACUAUUUUAGUGAUAUUAAAGAGCAUUGUAUGAACCAGAAGCUUUCCAUUAGCUUACGAAGACUAAGUAGUAAUUCACAUGAAAAGCUAAGUGAGAAUGAUCCUAUAGAAAGUGGUUCAGAAGACUGGGACAAUGAGGUUGUGCCAGAUUUCCCUGCUAAUGGUACGGAGGGUGUUGGUGGAAGGUUGUUACGGGUAUCUGUUGGGGAUAUAGUCUGGGGAAAGGUGGUAGGAUUUCCAUGGUGGCCUGGCAAGGUUCUCAAUGUGACACCAUCAUCUAGGGCACAUGUGGCAUGGUAUGCUUCAACCACAUCAUCUCUAAUGCCAUGUGAUAGCUUGAGUCCAUUCUUAGAAGAUUUUAAGUUACGAUUUUUGAAGAAAAAACGGGGACCAUACAAAGAGGCUGUAAUACAAGCAACACUUGAAGCCAAGAGGAAUGAAUCUCACGUAACCGAUCCACUAGCAAGCCCAACGCACACAUUGGCUACAGUAUCACCUAGACCCAUUGAUGUGUUCUCUUAGACUAAGGUGCAUCCGAAUUUAUUCAAAGUCAUGUGAUAUUUAAUACAUAAAUACUUACUUGAUUUAUCAGCACAAAUAAUGUUUCUUUAUGUGAUUUUGUUGUUACACUGCAAAUGAAGGUUGAAAUAUUUUAAUUAGAGUAACCUAUCUGUUUUUCUACAUUUUUCAUUAUCUAUCCCACCAAACAAACUUUUUAAUCAACAAUUUUCAGUAUAAUUCCGUUUUUAGUAUUAGUAUUUAAACAAAUAAUUAUUUGUUUCAGUUAAAUUUCAGUGUAACAACUACAUAUUUAGUUUAAAAAAAAUGUUGGUAAUCAGAAUAAUGCCACUUUGCAAGUAAUAUUCCAUUUGUGAUGUAAACUGCCACUUAGAAAGACCUAUGUUAAUUAAGGAGCAUGCAGUCCUAUACCAACCUGACUCAAUGGACUGCAAAAUACACAUUCUAUAGUUAGCUUUUCUAUAUAAGCAGUAAAUUAAUUAAUUAUAUAAAUAAUUUCCUGUAUAGGUAUAUCAAAAUGUUCUUAUGCAUAACCAGUUGUUUAUAUUGAACAUAAGAAUUUGAUUCAUAAGUGUUUGUUUACAAUACUUGAAUCAAAAUUGAGAUUCAUUUAAGCUUCAACGAAAGAUUGAUGACUGUAUUCCAAUGGUUAAUAAAUAUUGCAUACUCAUAUACAUAUAUUUUUAUGAUAAUCUCGCGUAAUUUAAGAUUAUUAAAAGCAAAGGGAUAUUAUAAUUAAUACAAAUUAGGCAUGGUGGUCUGUUAAAAAUAAGGUUUUAAGGUUCAAUGUAGUAGGUUGUGCACAACACCUUUAAGUAGAUGUAUGCAAAUAUAACAACUUUUGGCAGGAAACUACCUAUAUUUAAUGUGAAUAAAAAAGACCUAUAAAAAACCAAUUUCACGAUUGGUUUGUAAUACAUAAUUACUUAUAUAACUUUUAACAUUUUAUAUAUUCACUGAGUGUUCAAUAAUUAAAUAGACCAAAUGAUAUACAACAAUUCAUGACUAUUAGAAUAGUGUGUAAUAUAUUCAAUUAAUAUUAUAAAAAUUAUAUGUCGUAACAGUUAUCAUUGAAUAUGUUUCUUGAAACAUGUACCUACAGUCACCUUACUGGAGCUGUGUGUAAAAGCAACAGGAAAUAACAAAAAUCUGUGCCAUUAAGAUUUCUUACAUUGUCCAAGAUUUGCAAGAGGUAUACAAAAUAAGGCUUUAUUCAACCACAGACUAAAGUCUAUCGAAUUUUUCGAUUUAUCGCUUUUUUGUUGUUUCCUAUGAACAUUGUUGUUAUAAAUAUUCAGUACUUACCUACAACAGUUUAUAAUUGAUAUAAUACUUGUAAUUAACUGUGUGUUUAUACAAACUUAUGGCCAUUCCUUUUAUUUUCUGAACUCUUGGUUUUGGAUUUAUAGCUAUUUUCCAUACAUACUUUUAUGUUACUAUUUGACUUCAUAAACUUGUAAUAUUUUGUAAAUAUUCAAUUUUAUAUUUCGAUUUUAAAACCAAG